AUGGGCUCCGAGUUCGGCGUGACGCCCGAGACCAAGCCCGAGCUCCGGCUCGACGGCGUUGGCAUCUUCUGGCUCGUCUUCGCCUCAGCAUGGACCAUCGUCCUGCUCGCCGGCAUGGCGUACCUCUGGCUUCGUCGUAACAAUCCGAUCCUGCGCAUUCGGGGCCUCGCCCUGUCCUUCGCCUCCGUCGGCCUGCUUCACUGCUACUGGUUCGCCGUCACGACCGGGUACGUCUACGGCCCGCUCAUGCCCGAGGUGGUCGAGUUCUGGAUCAUGGGUAUCUGGCUCCCCUUCGGCAUCGCCCUCUUCCAUGCCUCCAACAGCCGCUUCCUCCACGUCGCCGACGCGCAGAAAAAGUACGUCGACAAGACGACCGACCUCGGGUGGGCCACGCAGCAGCCACGCAUCCGCAAGACCAUGGUCGCUCGCUGGCGCAUGCUCGACUACGACAUCAAGAUGGCCCUGCUCGUCGGUCUCGGCAUGGCCUUUCAGCUCUUCCUCACCUUGUUCAUGUACCUCAUCUCUCGCAAGUUUCACGCCUCCUUUGGCAUCCCCGGCACCGAAGUCUCGGGUACGGCCAUGGAACAAAAGUCGGAGCAGGGUCGCGGCUGGGAGUGGUGGCCUUCCGUCUUCUGGCAACUCUUUUGGGCCUGGAUCGUCGCCCCCGUCGUCCUCUGGCGCGCCCGCGGCCUCCGCGACACGCAGGGGUGGCGGACCCAGACAAUUGCUUGCUGUCUCUCGGGGCUUCCGGCGGCGCCCAUGUGGCUCGUUGCGCUCUACGUCCCCGGCAUGGCCGUUGUCAACAACUACUUCAUCCCCCCUCAGUGGAUUGCCGUGUCCAUCAUGAUGAUCGAGAUCUUCACCAUCUUCAUCCCCUGCUGGGAGGUACGAAAGCAAGUGACGCUGUGCCGAGAGACGCUCAACUCCAUCGCCCGCUGGGAGUCGCGUCAGAAGAGCUUCGUCGGCGCCGCGAACAAGUCCACCCAUACGGGCUCGACCUCGGCUUCUUGGCUCGGGAGGACCAAGGCAGUUUCGGUAAGCAGCAGCGCCGACGGCAGCAUUCUCACCAUGGACGCCCUCGAGCACACGCUGGCCAAGAACCCGGAGCCGCUGCAGAACUUUUCCGCCCUGCGCGACUUUUCGGGAGAAAAUAUUGCCUUCCUGACCCGCGUCCGAGAGUGGCGGGCCACAUUUCUCGUCCCUGGCGGCAAGGAGGCGGAGCACACGUCAGAGAAGAGCGAAAAAAGCACGGCCGUUAACAACAACACGGCAAUGGGCACCGCGCCGAGCCCUACGAGCCCUACGAGCCCUACGAGCCCUACGAGCACGAUGACGAUAACGACGACGAGGAAAUUGUCGCGAGAGUGUUACGAGAGUGCCCUCCGCAUUUACAUGGACUUCAUCAGCAGCAACAGCGCCGAGUUCCAGGUAAACCUGUCGUCGCAGGACUUCAAGAAUCUGCAGCUCGUCUUCGAGUCUGCCGCCCGCGCUGUGGGAGGUGGCUCGAAGCCGUCGCCCGACCCAGCCACGCCCUUUGACGAUACGCCUCGGCAGACGGCCGCAGCCGAGGAGAAUGCCCGUUACCGGGGCGAUGUUCCCGAUGAGUUCACCGACACGGUCUUUGACGACUCGGAAAUGAGUAUCAAAUAUCUCGUGCUGACCAAUACGUGGCCCAAAUUCAUCAAGGAGAGGCAAUCGUCGGAUUCCGGGGGCAGCGCCGAGUCUGGGAGGUAG